AUGGGUAUUUUUGCAUCAAAAUUGUUCAGUAACCUCUUUGGUAACAAAGAGAUGAGAAUCUUAAUGGUUGGUCUAGAUGGUGCUGGUAAGACCACCGUUUUAUACAAGUUGAAAUUAGGUGAAGUUAUUACUACUAUCCCAACCAUUGGUUUCAAUGUUGAAACUGUUCAAUACAAAAACAUUUCAUUUACCGUUUGGGAUGUUGGUGGACAAGACAGAAUCAGAUCUUUGUGGAGACAUUAUUACAGAAACACCGAAGGUGUUAUCUUCGUUGUUGAUUCCAACGAUAGAUCUCGUAUUGGUGAAGCCAGAGAAGUUAUGCAAAGAAUGUUGAAUGAAGAUGAAUUGAGAAACGCUGUUUGGUUAGUUUUUGCUAACAAGCAAGAUUUGCCAGAAGCUAUGUCUGCUGCCGAAAUUACUGAAAAGUUAGGUUUACAUUCUAUCAGAAACAGACCAUGGUUCAUCCAAUCUACUUGUGCUACUUCUGGUGAAGGUUUAUACGAAGGUUUAGAGUGGUUGAGUAACAAUUUGAAGAACCAAUCUUAG